AUGGGCACGCAACAGGACGACAUUCGCUUGGGACCUGUUAUACCCAAACGCGUCCGCGCCUGCGAUUUUUGCAGAGCGAAGAAAAUUCGAUGUGUUGGCGACAAUCCAUGCAGCAACUGUAUUGAGCAUGGUGCAGAAUGCAUUUUCGCCCCACGCCAGCCUCGCCGGAAGAGGAAACGAGAUGGCUUGCCUGAUAGUGCGGUUGCACACCCACUUGAUCGUUUCCAGGACCUGGUUGAAGCAGCAAGAGCCUCUAGCAAUGAUAGCAACCAGCUUUCCGACGUUCUCAGCAGGAAGACAUCACAUUUGCAGCAAGAGGAGCGUGCGCAUCAACUUGUGCAAUCAAACUGUGCCUCAGGUCAACGACAGCGUCGCCUUUCAGAAGUCACUCGACAGAAACAUCAACCCGCAUUCCAGGCAGGACAAUUUUAUAGGGCUGUUGGUGAAUCUCUUGACUUCCCGCGAAGUGACCGAGGAAACCAGAGAAGGAGGGGUCUGCCACCUCCUGCAACUAAAUCUCCGUCGCAAUUUGGCUCCAGCGAGGCGCCCUGGGAGCGUUUUGAGAGUCCCAAUCAAUCAACCACUGUUGACAGCCCCCAGGACACAGGUGGCUAUCACACCUUUAAGGAAGACAUUGAAUUCUGGGGUCCCAGAACGAGCAUGUCCAUUUGCUCAUUGGCAGGUAUAGCGUGGGUCACAGAAAGAGUGAAGCAGCCUGAUUUUCGACCUAUCGCAAAUCGGUUUACUCAAGACGUCGCACGCCGACUGAAGCUGGAGAAAAGACCAUCGAAGGAGCGAAAAGGGGAUCCCGACUUGAAAGAUGCACUCAGAUUCACUAGCGCUUAUUUCGAAGAAGCCCCUGAGGCAGCUCUUGGGAUUGUACGGCGCUCAUGCUUGGAGUCGAGACUCCGCUCGUUCUACAAUGGGUCAAAGUCUGACGACGACGCAUCUUGGUAUGCAAUGCGAAAUAUCAUCUUUGCUUCUGGUUGCCGAGUGGUGCUAUCUAGAGGGGGUACGUAUUCCGAGGCUCAGCGAGAGUCGUGGCUGUACUUCGAGAAUGCGCUCUCAGUGCACGCGGAGCUCCUUUGUUUUCGGACCUCAGUUAUGGGUGUGCAGGCUUUGACUCUUAUGGCAUAUUUUGCAGAGGCUGUUUCAUGUCGAAUGUUACAAUACAUUCUUGUCGCUAAUGCAUAUAGACUUGCAUGUGGGCAAGGACUGCACGUGCAGCCAGCGCCGUCCUGGAACCUCCCAGAGGAAGAGAAAUCUCUGCGGCAAUGCAUUUUCUGGGCUAUCUACUGUCUCGACAAACAGAUCGCCUGCCGCUCAGGCCGUCCUUCGAUAAUAGAUGACGAAGAAAUCAACUGCCAACUCCCAACCUGCGACCGGUCUGAUGGCUCCGUCAACGUGAGGUAUAUACAAGCAUGCAUUAAAAUCAAUCACCUUUCCUCCGUGAUGCGGAAAAUGCUCUUCAAGGCUGCUGCAUGGCGGCAAGCGCCAGAAGAAUUAGUCAAUAAUGUUGGAAUGCUUCAAAAGAAGCUCGAGGAACUCCGAGUUAGCUUGCGGGAUCAAUGCCAGAUCAACCUCCCAAUGAACCUGACGAAGCCGCCAGCCGGGCUCAAUAUGCAGCAGGCUCUGUCGAUACAAUUCCUUCAUCAUAAUCUAGCGUGGGAUAUCCAUACAACGUUGGCACAUCCUUGGUUUCGCGGUGUGACUGGACUGGACCGGCAUCCAGACUUUCAAGGCCAAAUUGCCGAGUCCUGUUCGAUCGUGGCGGAAACGUCCAGGGCUGCCAUACUCGAUUGCAGGUUUAUCCACGUUGAUGCAAGUUGUCCUAUGCCGGUUGCCUAUUACACUCCUUUGUAUGCUGUCGUCAAUAUUUUUAUCAAUAUCCUGUACGAUCCUUCUCUUGCUUCGGCUCGGUCGGAUCUCCACCUGAUGGAAGUUGCAAGCGGAUAUUUUGCUCGCCUGGAGUAUGUCACAGAUUCUCAGUGGUCAGUACCGCUUGUUAAAGACACCACGACCCUCGCCAGAAACGCAGUCGAGAGUUUCAGUGGAGGUCCUGAUCACCCCAUGCAUCCCCAAGAGAACUCAUCGACAGCUAGCACUGUACUUCCAAGUCUAGAGCCGUUGUGCGAGUCAGCACUUGACGAAACUGGAGUUGGCAAAGAAGUGAGAUCGCCAUGA